AUCAGACAUACAGGUGUCUUCUAGAACAGCGCAGUGUUUCCAAUUCAACCAAUUCAUCUAAGGUUUUCGAAAACCAAUCAAGAAGAGCACCCAGAAGCAGCGUUCACAAUGAUUCCCUUCGUAUUAGCAACGAUUUUGUUGGUGUUGACCAUCGCUUUCCUCUUCAAAGAAUUGUACCGACCAGCAAACUAUCCUCCAGGACCGCGAUGGCUGCCAAUCGUUGGGAACACUCCGCUGAUACGCAAAAUGGUUUCCCAAAACGGUGGCCAGCUAAUAAACGUGUUCGACAAACUCUCGGAAACGUAUCGGAGCUCGGUGAUUGGUUUGAAACUGGGCCGUGAACGGGUCGUUGUUGGUUUGGCGUAUGAGGAUGUCAAAGCGGUUCUAGGCAACGAGGAGUUCCAAGGGCGUCCCGAUAAUUUCUUCAUCCGGCUGCGUACCAUGGGAACAAGACUUGGUAUUACGUGCACGGAUGGGGCAUUCUGGAGUGAGCAGCGUAGCUUCGUUACACGCCAUCUGCGACAGGUCGGUUAUGGGCGCCAAGCGAUGCAUCUUCAGAUUCAAAGUGAACUCAACGAGCUGCUGGACAUACUGGGCAGCCGUUCGGAGGAACCGAUCUGGCCCGGCUCAUUGCUUGCCGUGAGCGUCAUUAAUGUGCUGUGGACGUUCGUUACCGGGGCUCGCGUUGCUCGGGAAGACGAUCGUCUCGAGCGAUUGCUGCGGUUGCUGCAGGAUCGCUCUAAAGCGUUCGAUAUGUCCGGCGGGACCCUGAAUCAGCUACCGUGGCUUCGUUUCGUCGCACCCGAAUGGAGCGGUUACAAUCUGUUGGUUCGCUUCAAUAAGCAGUUGAGCGAGUUCUUUACACCAACCAUCGAGGAGCAUCAUCGGAACUUUAGCGACGAGCGAGCGACCGACGAUCUGAUCUACGCGUACAUCAAGGAGAUGCGCGAUCAAUCGAACAGUGAGCCGGAUUCGAGCACAAACUUUACCGACCUCCAGAUGACGAUGAUCAUUCUGGACAUCUUCAUCGCCGGUGGACAAACGACCAGCUCGACGUUGGAUCUCGCCUUCAUGAUGAUGAUCGUACGACCGGACGUACAGCGGUUGGUGCAUGCCGAGAUCGAUCACCAGCUGGCUCCCGAUCAGGAACCGCAUUACGAGGAUCGGGGGAAGCUUCCCUACGUCGAGGCAUUCCUGCUGGAGGUCCAGCGGUUCUUUAGCAUCGCUCCAGUGAAUGGACCACGGCGUGCGCUCAAAGAUUGUACGCUCGGUGGCUAUCGUGUGCCGAAGGACACGACGGUUUUGAUGGGAUUGCGCAACGUUCACAUGGAUCCGGAACACUGGGGUGAUCCGGAGCUGUUCCGUCCGGAGCGAUUCCUUGAUGCCGAUCGUAACAUCGUCAACACCGAGCGGGUGAUGGCAUUCGGAUUGGGCAAGCGUCGCUGUCUCGGUGAAAACUUGGCACGCUCCUGUCUCUUCACCUUCUUCGUGGGCGUGAUGAAGAGGUUCUGUCUGUGCAAACCACGUGGUAACGACGAAGACGAUGACGACGAGAUGGCUCCCUCGAUGACACUGAAACCAGGCAUUACGCUUUCGCCGAAACCGUACAACGUGGUGUUUCAGCCAAGAGGACAGAACAUGCCGCAGGACGACACCUUCGAAGUAGAGGAAGCUGUUGCUGCUGAAUCACUACUAAAUGAAUAAAGUGUGUUUUGGAUUACCUU